UCUCGUCCACCAAUUUCCAGAUUCUCUCUCUUCCUUCACACUUAUUUUGAUCUCCCUGCCACGUGUCACCAAAUCAACGCUCCCUUAUUUUCCCUACCCAUUUUUUAUUUUAUUUUACUUUUUAUUUUCUCUCUCUCUAGAACCUACGAGAUUUGUGUGUUGCGGAUUCAGAGCUAGGGUUUUGUGGAUAUCAAUUGCUCAGUUUCGCGGCGAAAUUUAUCCGAAUUUUCAGCCGGUGUGUUCACGUUCACGUUUACGGUAGAUCUGGUGUAAUAUUGAAAUAUUUGGCUUUAGUUGGACUGUUGAUUUCUUGAACAGAGGUAAGGGUGCUCUGUCUGCUAUAUUGUUACUGCUACUUUGGUCAAGUAUGACCACAGAUCAGUUCGUGGGACGCGAUAUCAGUGCUGGAUAAAUUUGAAGGAAUGUCAGACUUGUCGAUUUAUGAGCUUGAAGAUAUUAUCUGGGAUGAUUUUGAACAUAGUGGUGAUCAUAUAGUGCCCCACCCUACUGACGAUCAAGGCAGUGAAGAUAAAUGUGAUGGUGACGUAUGUAAGAAGCCUCGGCUUGAUGUGACUCCUCUUCAAAGCAAUGAAGAGAGAGUCUUUAAGACUUUAAAUAAAGAAACAAACAUAAUGGAAAAAGAUACUUGGUCUAAUAUGCUUGAUGAUGUAUUCGCUGCUUCUGGUGAUGCUGGCUCAGCAAAAGACAUGCCUACUGUACAGUCUGAUGAUGGUAAACUAUCAAAUAAUUGCUUCGAAAGUAGCAACAUCAACUCUGGUAGUGGAUUAAGCACAGAUGAGGGAAUCCUUAAAGAUUCUUCUGGUGCAGUUGAUAGGAACUCCUACAAUGAUCUUAACUUAUUCUCCAAUGAUUAUGGCUGGCCGGAUGCUGGAUAUUUUGAGGACAUGGACAGGAUGUUAAGCAAUUGUGAUUCGUCAUUUGGACUAGGCGUUACUGGAAAUGACGAUGAAUUGGUAUGGUUUACAUCAGACGAUCCAGCUAGAGGACUUGAUGAUACAUUGAAGAUGGAUCUUAAGCUUCCUAGUUCAGAGCCAAGUGCUUUAACGAAUAUUUCACAGGAUCAUGAACAUCGAGAAUCAGAUAAUAGGACAUCUAGUUUUGUGCCUGAAAGCAAAGAUGAGCUUAAGGACAAAGAUCAGAAGGAGCAGUCAAGACAACAAGCUCUGACAGAAGGAUUGACAUCAGGCCAUGGCUUAGGAAAAUUUGGUUUAAAAGGCACCGACAUGCGAACAUCUUCGAGUGGUACAUUUGAUAAAAAUAUCACCUCAAUGGACAAUUGGCAGCAAAAUAGAAACUUGGGACAUGAUUCUGUUGACUACAUGCAAAGCAGCGGUUAUCUGCAUCUAGGGCAUGAUCAUGUUUCAAUGCAAUCUCCAGAUGGCUCGAUGAUGACUCAGAUCAAAUCUGAAAGUAAAGCAUCAGGGCAGGUUCUUUCAAUGGAGAGUUCUAGUCAGCCUUUAUAUACUGGAUAUCAAAAUCAAGAUCAAUCAGGUAUGAUUCUCCAGGGUUCAGAAAAUGACAUGUCUCAAUCCAAAAGGCAAUUCCAUAUGAUUGAAAACAAGAUUGAAUUUCAAGGUGAUAUGGAGGGCACUCAAAAGGGGGCGUCAUCAGAAUUGAAUUCAUCACUUAGUACUGAGCUGGAUGAAAUCUCACUAGAAGCAACUACUUUUCGCCAGCUGCAACAGGCUAUGCUUCAGUUGGAUCUGAGGACUAAAUUAUGUAUAAGGGAUAGCCUGUACCGUUUGGCUAGAAGUGCAGAACAACGACAUAACUAUGCUGGCAUAAACGAUGGCACUGGUACUGGCGGGCCCUUAGUGACCGAGGGGGCUAGCAAGUACACUGGCUAUAUGGAUAUGGAAACUGAUACAAACCCCAUAGAUCGAACAGUAGCGCAUUUAUUGUUUCAUAGGCCUUCAGACUCAUCUAACAUGCCUACUUCCUUACCUCUCAAACCAAAUGUAAAGGUUCAUGGAUCUAAGACGGGUCCAACUGUGGUGACCAAGAAACCAUCUUGUCAGCAAGCGGAAAAUGAAUCAGAUGACAAGAUUUCAAGCACCCAAAAAAACUAACGUCUUGUUAAAUAGGCAUGUUUGCCUUUGAAUCGACUAUUUGUCGUGCCCAAAUAUAAUCUAUAACUUAUCUAAGAGAGUCCGAUAUGGACUCUCGUAAGCUUGUUAAAUUGUAGGGGCAGUGUGUAUCUUCUUUUUUACUUGUCUAGUCUUGAAUCUACUGUAUGUAGUUCUCAUGGAGGCCCAGUUUUGACCUAGAGUUCAUAAAAUAUAUGUUCAUAGGGUGUCGUUUUGGAUGCUUAUAUGUUCAUCCACCAACUGGAAUUGCACUUUCUAUAUGUUCCAGUUUUGUGGGUGAUGUAAAUUGUAUUUCAUCAUAUAUCAUUGUGUUUG